AUGCCAAGAGAGGAAGAGCACUACAAGGAACAAAAGAAAAAUGCGGAAAUUCUGUCGAGAGAUCACAUAAGAACUGAAUUUGAUUCGAAAGCUUAUCUACGCGACUUCUAUACGCGUGUCGAGGAUCCGGCAAUGCAACUCAUUCUCACCUUCCUGCCCAACAUCGCGGCUCGAGUCGGCAAAGUGGAGAAUCUACUGGAUUUCGGCGCCGGCCCAACCAUCCACGUGGCGGUCGCCUUUCGACACACUGCACAGAAUAUAUAUUUGGCCGAUUAUUUGCCGCAGAAUCGUGAGGAACUCAGCAAGUGGCGUCAAUCAAGAAGCGAUUUCGACUGGUUUGAAACCAUCAAGAGGAUUGCUAAUAUCGAAGGUGUAGACUGGAGUAGUAUUCUACAAAUGGAAGAGGAAGCACGAUCGAAGGUUCGAGAUGUGUUCCACUGCAAUUGCUUCAGUCGGCCUUCUGUUGAUGCACCGCCUUCACUGCAAUGCAAUUUCGAUGUGGUAACAACAAUUUUUUGUGUGGAAUACUGCUGCAAUACACUCGAUGAGUAUAAACAAGCAAUUGCGAAUGUGGUGGAUCAAGUGAAGCCCGGAGGUAAAUCCUUUCACUAUUUCUUCAUGCUGAUGGGUCUGUGUCCUGGUUUUGAAUCAAACAAUAUCAAAGAAGAGUUGAAUUUAUGAUUCCUUAUGAUGGGUGCAGUCCUUGAAGAGACAUGGUGUUCUUUUGGUGGCCGUAAAUUUUCCUGUUUAUACAUAGACGAACAAACCGUGUUGUCAACACUGCGUGAUUGUGGACUGCUAAUUGACGAUGCGAAGUCCACCUAUGUGAUAUGUUUCAACUCGAUAUUGGUGCUGUGCUCCAGAAAGAAAUUCGCCUGA